UGCUGAGCAUCCGGGGAGCGCAGGAAGAGGAGCCCACAGACCCCCAGCUGAUGCGGUUAGACAACAUGCUCCUGGCUGAGGGGGUCGCGGGCCCCGAAAAAGGAGGUGGCUCAGCUGCCGCCGCCGCCGCCGCCGCCGCAUCGGGAGGAGCUGGCUCCGACAACUCGGUGGAGCACUCCGACUACAGAGCCAAACUCUCCCAGAUCCGGCAGAUCUACCACACGGAGCUGGAGAAGUACGAGCAGGCAUGCAACGAAUUCACCACCCACGUGAUGAACCUGCUGCGUGAGCAGAGCCGAACCCGACCUAUCUCACCCAAGGAGAUAGAGCGGAUGGUGAGCAUCAUCCACCGCAAGUUCAGCUCCAUCCAGAUGCAGUUGAAGCAAAGCACGUGUGAAGCCGUCAUGAUCUUGCGCUCCCGAUUUCUGGACGCACGGCGGAAGAGACGAAACUUCAACAAGCAGGCUACAGAAAUCCUGAAUGAGUAUUUCUAUUCCCAUCUCAGCAACCCUUACCCCAGUGAGGAAGCCAAAGAAGAGCUAGCCAAGAAAUGUGGCAUCACAGUCUCACAGGUAUCAAACUGGUUUGGAAAUAAGAGAAUCCGGUACAAGAAGAACAUAGGUAAAUUUCAAGAGGAAGCCAAUAUUUAUGCUGCCAAAACGGCUGUCACGGCUACCAAUGUGUCAGCCCAUGGAAGCCAGGCUAACUCACCCUCAACUCCCAAUUCAGCUGGUUAGUUUUUA